CCGCCAGCCUCUUAACAACGAGAUAACAGCAGCUGCUAAAGCAACACACACUCACACAGCCAGCCACAGCGACGCGGGGGGUGGAGCGGCGCCGGAGCUAGGGUUUCCCCCAUCCGGCAGCCGGAAAGCGGGCGUCGCCGUUGCCCCCUCGGCGCCGGAGGUGGUGUCGGUGUUUCCGAGGCGGGCGCGGCGGAAUCCCGGGGGGGGGGGGGUGGUCAGAUCUGGGAUGGCCGACGGCGGCGAGGAGGGGAAUGCAGCGGCGCCCAGGGGCCCCGCGCGGCGGAGGGGGCCCGUGCGGGCCAGCCUGGACGCCGACGAGUUCAUCGCGCUGAUGCACGGGUCCGAUCCCGUCAGGGUCGAGCUCACCCGCCUCGAGAACGAGCUGCGGGAUAAGGAGAGGGAGCUCGGGGAGGCGCAGACGGAGAUACGCGCGCUUCGGCUGUCGGAGAGGGCGCGGGAGAAGGCCGUGGAAGAGCUUACAGAUGAAUUGGAGAAGAUGGAUGAGAAACUCAAGUUGACCGAAUCUCUCCUAGAAAGCAAAAAUCUAGAAGUUAAAAAGAUAAAUGAUGAAAAAAAGGCCGCAUUGGCUGCCCAGUUUGCAGCAGAAGCAACUUUGCGAAGAGUACAUGCAGCCCAAAAGGAUGAGGACAUGCCACCAAUUGAAGCCAUUCUUGCACCACUUGAAGCUGAGCUAAAGCUUUCCCGUCAGGAGAUUGCAAAGCUCCAGGAUGACAACAGAGCUUUAGACCGUCUAACAAAACAAAAGGAGGCAGCGCUGCUAGAAGCAGAGAGGACUGUGCAAAUCGCAAUGGCGAAGGCUGCUAUGGUUGACGAUUUGCAAAACAAGAACCAAGAGUUGAUCAAGCAAAUCGAAAUAUGUCAUGAAGAAAACAAGAUCUUGGACAAGUUGCAUCGUCAAAAGGUUGCAGAAGUUGAAAAGCUUAGCCAAACUGUGAGAGAGUUGGAAGAGGCUGUUCUUAGAGGUGGUGCAGCUGCUAAUGCUGUUAGAGAUUACCAGCGCAAAGUUCAAGAAAUGAAUGAAGAAAAGAAAACACUUGACCGUGAACUUGCUCGUGCAAAAGUUAACGCAAAUAGGGUUGCUGUUGUGGUUGCCAAUGAGUGGAAAGAUUCUAAUGACAAAGUGAUGCCAGUUAAACAGUGGCUCGAAGAACGCAGGUUCUUGCAGGGGGAAAUGCAACAACUUCGUGAUAAGCUUGCUGUUGCAGAACGUACAGCACGAUCUGAAGCUCAACUAAAGGAAAAAUGUCAGUUACGCCUUAAAGUAUUAGAAGAUGGAUUGAGAGGGCCACCAAGUGGAUCUAGUCGUCCACCUACCGAAGGAAAGAGCUUCAGCAAUGGUCCUUCACGUCGGUUAUCGCUUGGCGGAGCUGAUAAUAUGUCUAAACUGUCUCCAAAUGGUCUAUUAUUAAGGAGUUCUCUGUCUUUUCAUUCAAGAUCAUCUCUUUCGUCAAGCAACAGCUUGGUCCUAAAGCAUGCUAAAGGAACUUCAAAGUCAUUUGAUGGCGGAACUAGGUCACUAGAUCGGGGGAAGGUCCAUGGAAAUGGAGUUCAUUUACUCAACAGAUCUACAGAUGCUGUUAGAGAUAAGGAGGCUAAUGAUAGUCGGAAAGGCAGCGCUGACGAGAGAUCUAAUGAAAAUGCAAACAUCAAUGCAGAUGAAAAAAGUAUUGAAACUGCAAGUAACAACUCAACUGAGAUGGUAUCUGGUUUCCUGUAUGAUAUGCUGCAAAAAGAGGUAAUUUCUUUGAGAAAGUCAUGUCAUGAAAAAGAUCAGAGUCUAAAAGAUAAAGAUGAUGCUAUCGAGAUGUUAGCAAAGAAAGUAGAAACCUUAACCAAAGCAAUGGAAGUGGAGGCUAAAAAGAUGAGACGAGAGGUUGCUACCAUGGAGAAAGAAGUUGCAGCUAUCCGCGCUGAUAGGGAACAAGAAAUCAGAGCCAAGCGGCUUGGUAAUUCAAAAGGCCCUGGAAGUUCUCAGCUUCUUCCUGGAAGAAACGCACCACGGAGUGGGUUGGCACGCAACUUCCAAUGACGGUGGCCCUAACACCAUGCAGCAUUCUUGGAUAGACCCAUUCAGAUCCACUCUGUAUUUGUUCCAUUCAGUGCCUAUUAAUUUUGUGGCUGAAAUCAUAGCACAUAUGAGAUGACCCUGCGAUACCCAGAUCAUGGUAAGAGUAGGAUCGAAUCUGACGCGGCCAUUGUGGGAGUGGCCCUGAGCUGAGGUGUCUAGUUUUGUGGCGCUCCCUCUUGUUUAGUCAAGGUAGUGCACGUGAUGCUUGUAUAGGCUGGGCAAUCUCCGUAUGUCUCCUCGCAUCUGUAAUGUAUCAUGAGCACUCGUUUCUGCAUGAUCCCCGUUGCUCAGGUUGUGAUUAUUGUAUCCACUCACACGAGUGUUGGCGCUGCUAUGUUUGCCCAGUGUUUGCGUUGGAAUUUUUC